AUGCCGCCCUCAACACAAGAACUCUCCCUCCUCAUCAAUCCGCUCGUCCCCGAAUCCGUCCAGCACAACAACCGCGUCCUCUCCCAACUACACUCGCUCACCUCCUUCCUCCUCGGCCUGACGGCGGGGAUCCUCGCCCUGCAGUCCGUCACGGGCUUCGUGUUCUACUUCCUCGGCACGGUGUUUGUGUCGGGCUUGUUCCAUCUGGUGCUACUGCGGCGGUCGCGGGGGCUGGGCGCCGGGGUGUACUUCCCUGGUGCUGGGGGGGAGAUUGCUGGGUUAGAUGAGAGGGGGUGGAUUGCGGGCGGGGUGAGGAGGGCUGGGGCGUGGAGGGAUGUGUGGGUUGGGGGUGGAGUGAUGGGGGAGGCGCUUUCGGGCUUCAUUCUGGGGUGGGCGGGUGUUGGGGGUGUUUUGAGGUGA